GCUAUUGCUGAGCAAUGUUUGUAACUUUUGAUGAUUACCCAAUACCUACGAGCCUUCGAACGUAACCUUUCCCAUCUUCCACCUUUGAUCCAACACUCCGAUAUUGGCUCCCAUUAAACAUGGCGACUCAUUCUCUUACACGUAGAUGUGCUGGACUUACCUCUACAACUCCCACAUCAGUAGUUCAAGGAUUUAUAAAGACCGCCACAACAACCCGGUCAUUCCACCAAAACACCCCGCGUCCAGUCUUCGAUUUUCUUGUUCCACGUCUGGGUACUCCCUUACAGUCGACAUAUGCUCUCAAGCAGAAUGGAAUAUUGAGGAAUCCCGUGAGAUGUUUCUCGAUCACUAGGACACGAAAAGCUACCGUCACAACAUUCAAUCCACAAAAGAAUGAUGAUGGUACAGAACAGAAGAUCGAAAUCACAUCGCGCGCUGCAGAUCGUUUGCAACAACUCCGCAAGAAAGAGAACAAUCCCAACCUUGCUCUUCGAGUCGAAGUUCAAUCGGGGGGUUGCCAUGGGUUCCAAUAUGUAAUGUCGCUGUGCGACCUCCCCGCCAACAUAUCCCGAGAUCUCUUUUCGAAGAAUACUGUUCAAGAAGAAUCUUCGCCUGCUCUGAACACCUCAUCCACCGAUCCAAAUGCUAUGCCUACGUCAUCUACUCCCCCGAAAUCAAAUAAUCCAACCACGUUGGAUCUUCGCGAAGAUGAUACAGUAUUCAGCUAUAUCAGUGAUCAAUCCCACGCUAGUGUAGUUAUGGACGUGUUCAGUCUCGAUGCCUUGAAGGGUAGCAGAAUAGAUUACGAAAUCAAGUUGAUCGGUUCCGAGUUCAAGAUUGUUGAUAACCCAGCCGCGACUAGCAGUUGUGGUUGUGGAACAAGCUUCGACAUCAAGUUUUGAGUUUGAAGAGGAUCGAUGAGUGUAAUGUAAGUUACUAGAUACGAUAUACCAUUUGGGGUUUGGAUUUGGCGUGAAUGGUAUGGUCUGAGGCCACGCGGUGUUAAGCAACAGAUUAGCACUCACAAGGGCAUUAAUAUCACAAGGAGAAUUUCUUAAAUUUACACAUGAUGUUACCCAUUGCUUUCGGCAAGGUCUUGUAUGCAUUGUCAUUACAUACCAUGUUUCUGAAAUUUUACUGAGCAAGGCAAGGGAAGCUUUGUUCUCUGCAAGAGAAAAAAGAACAUGGGAGGAUCUUACAUAGUCACAUAAAUGCUAGAAGACAUUUAGAGCAAUCAUUUUGAGAACA